ACUAAUCGAGUCCACCACUACCAACUCCUCUUCACCGGAGAAACAAUUUUCACCAGAAAAAAAAAUAGUAAUAAAAGAAAAAAACAAAUGGCAACAGAAAUCAGCAAGAUUCUGGUCAUCGGUGGAACUGGGUACAUCGGAAAAUUCGUGGUCGACGCUAGUGCAAAGGCCGGCCACCCAACCUCCGUUCUGGUUCGAGAAUCCACGGUGGCGGACCCUGUGAAGGGUAAGCUUGUUCAGAGCUUCAAGAACUCCGGCGUCACUCUUGUUUACGGUGAUCUGAACGAUCAUGAAAGCUUGGUGAACGCGAUUAAACAGGUAGAUGUGGUGAUAUCAACCGUCGGUAAUAUGCAAAUACCAGAUCAAACCAAAAUCAUUGCCGCCAUUAAAGAAGCUGGAAAUGUUAAGAGGUUUUUCCCAUCGGAGUUUGGGGUAGAUGUGGAUCGUCAAAAUGCAGUUGAGCCGGCGAGUUCCACAUUUGCAGGGAAAGUGCAGAUCCGUAGAGCGAUUGAGGCCGCAGGGAUUCCGUUCACGUACGUCGCUUCCGGCUGCUUCGCCGGCUACUUCCUGCCGACGAUGGUUCAGGCCGGAGCCACCGCUCCUCCGAGAGAUAAAGUAACCAUCCUUGGCGAUGGAAGUCCCAAAGUUAUUUACAACGAAGAACAUGACAUUGGUACCUACACAAUCAAAGCUGUGGAUGACCCCAGAACAUUAAACAAAAUUCUUUACAUUAAACCCUCCAAAAACACACUCUCUUUCAAUGAUCUUGUUUCCCUAUGGGAGAAGAAGAUCGGCAAAUCCUUGGAAAAAGAUUAUGUUCCCGAGGAACAAGUUCUCAAGCUUAUUCAAGAGUCUGGAUUUCCGAUUAAUAUCUUCUUAGCGAUCAACCACUCGAUCUUUGUAAAGGGAGAUCUUGACAACUUUGAGAUAGAGCCGUCAUUUGGUGUUGAGGCUUCUGAGCUAUACCCGGAUGUGAAAUACACUACCGUUGAGGAAUACCUUGAUCAAUUUGUUUGAUUUGACCAAAUUUUCUAUAUGAUCGCGGUUUGGUUUGUAUUAUAGUGUUGUAUUGCGUGUUUUUAUAAUAGAAGUGUUUGAUCAAUAUGAUAUUUUGUGGAAUAAAUUUUGGGUCGUUGAUUAUCGAA